ACCACAACAGAACCAACAACAACCACAACAGAACCAACAACAACCACAGCAGAACCAACAACAACCACAACAACAACAACCACAACAGAACAAAGAACAACCACAACAGAACCAACAACAACCACGACAGAACAAAUAACAACCACAACAGAACCAACAACAACCACAACAGAACCAACAACAACCACAGCAGAACCAACAACAACCACAACAGAAAAAAUAACAACCUCUACAGAAACAACAACAACCACAGCAGGACCAACAACAACCACAACAGAACAAAUAACAACCACAACAGAACCAACAACAACCACACCAGAACCAACAACAACCACAGCAGAACCAACAACAACCACAACAGAACAAAUAACAACCACAACAGAACCAACAACAACCACAACAGAACCAACAACAACCACAGCAGAACCAACAACAACCACAACAGAACAAAUAACAACUACAACAGAACCAACAACAACCACAACAGAACCAACAACAACCACAGCAGAACCAACAACAACCACAACAGAAAAAAUAACAACCACAACAGAACAAAUAACAACCACAACAGAACCAACAACAACCACAACAGAACCAACAACAACCACAGCAGAACCAACAACAACCACAACAGAACCAACAACAACCACAACAGAACCAACAACAACAACAACAGAACCAACAACAACCACAGCAGAACCAACAACAACCACAUCAGAACCAACAACAACCACAACAGAAAAAAUAACAACCACAGCAGAACCAAUAACAACCACAUCAGAACCAACAACAACCACCACAGAACCAACAACAAUCACAGCAGAACCAACAACAACCACAACAGAAAAAAUAACAGCCACAGUAGAACCAACAACAACCACAGCAGACCCAACAACAACCUCAUCAGAACCAGCAACAACCACAACAGAACCAACAACAACCACAGCAGAACCAACAACAACCACAACAGAACCAACAACAACCACAACAGAACCAACAACAACCACAAUAGAACCAACAACAACCACAACAGAACCAACAACUGCUGCAAUAGAACCAACAACAACCAUAACAGAACCAACAACAACCACAACAGAACCAACAACAACC